UAACCAUAUGACAUACCUCUAGGGUAAUGCCCAUUGCGCCGACUCGUAUAUCACUAUCCCGGAUGUGAAAACAUGGCUAUUCCCUCCCUAACGCGGAAAGAGACGGAAGUGUAUGAGAGUUCUGGGAAAGUGUUUUGGGAAGAAGGAGGAGAGGAUGAUACCACCAGCGAGAGCGUGGAAAAGUUAGACGUUGACACAGACCAGGCUUUCAUGACGUUUAGGGGCAGGACAGUAGAUGCCUCUCGUACAGACUUUUCAGAAAGAAUUGGAAGGCGCCAAGCGGCAGGCUAUGCAGCAAAAGGACCAGACUUUGAACUUACAUCAGCAGUCAAGCAUGACAAGGAAACUUUGCAGCAACGAUAUAACAGACUGCAGGCAGAAGUUCAAUUACUUGUUGGAGACGUAGAAGAAGCCAAGAUGAUUAAUUCAGCAACAGAUGAGAGUGAGUCAUCAGCCAUCCAACUUGCAUCACAAGUCUCAGAACUUCAGCAGCAGUUGCAAGAUAUGAAUUUGGAGAACAUUUUGGGUCAGGCUCCUGGACAAUCUGCUGUGGAUGCCGAACUAACACGGCAGCUGAAAUCACACAUUGGUUCAAUCAAACAAACACAAGAAAAGGCACAUGUACUAGCUGAUUCUACAGGGCAUGUUACAUACGAACUAUAUUAUCAUUCAGAACAACAGAAAUUUCAACAACUAUCCAAGGUGGCUGAAUUGGAAAAGAGGUUGGGAAGGCUGGAAACACUGAUCGGUAACAGUGAAGGCAAAAUGUCUUCUCUUCUUUCUCAAGAGACUCAAGAAUCUGAGAAAACUGUAAUGUCUGUAGUGUCAUCUCUUGAAGAGAAAGCUGCUUUAUUGGACUUGAAUGAGAUAGAUCAGAUUGAAGCUCGACUACAGUCUGUGCUUUACCACAUGAACCAGAUAUCAGAACAGAAACCAGCAGUGGAGUCUGCUGAACAGCAGAGUAAGGUUAAUGAACUGUUUGAAGUGGUAAAACGAUGGGAUGCAAUAGCAUCAUUACUACCAGACUUGGUUGCUCGACUGGAGGCUUUGCAACACCUACACUCUCAAGCUGCAGACUUCAGUCAGAAUAUAACACAUCUUGAUGCUACUCAACAGAAAAUCAAAGAACAGCUGGAAACAAAUUCAUCACUUUUGUCUGAGGUAAAGUCUAGUUUUCAUACUAACGCAGAUGCCAUAGCAGCCAAUUGUGAAAAUCUUGAGCAACGAAUUGCUGCAUUGUUUGCAAAGUUGGAAAAGAGUUAAGGAAAUAGCAAACUGAAAUGAGACUUUCUAAUUAUUGUUUUGCCUCUACUUGCUAAAUAACCAAAGUAGUAGUCUAUGAUAUUGCAAUCAUGCACUUCAUCUACAGUUCACAGUAACAAGUUCAUUGUUGCGACAUUGUAGUAACCUCUUGUUUCAUUUCUGUAUGAAAGUAGCAACAAUAAAUUUGACAAGCGA